AUGAGAUCUCACACCUUCGCAGCCCAUUUUCUUGCAGCCGCGUCUAGCACCGCUUUUCUCAUCACAGACGAGGGCGUCAGAUGCCGCAGCGGUCCAACGACAAGUCAUGCUAUCCAGACACACUUUGUCAAGGGUACUGAUGUGACCAUCACCUGCCAGACCGAGGGCACCUACAUUGGAGGCAGCACCCUCUGGGACAAGACGACGUUCGGGUGCUACGUGUCCGACUACUAUGUCGCUACAGGAUCAAGCGGGUACGUGACUUCGAAGUGCCGUUCGUGUAGACCGCCCAAGUCGAAUGCGGCGACUGUCAAUCUCAUCGCCAGCUUCGAGGGCUUCAGACCCGAUGUUUACAGCGAUCCUACCGGAAAUCCGACAGUGGGGUAUGGCCAUCUAUGUGAUGCACCCCAGUGCAGCGAAGUCAAGUAUCCCAUUCCGCUUUCUGUCGCGAAUGGAAAGAAGCUGUUGGUAGAUGACAUGAAGGAUUUUGAAGUCUGCCUCACAGCCAUGCUCAACAGCAAAGCAAAGCUCAAUAGGAACCAAUAUGGUGCCCUCAUAAGUUGGGCUUUCAACAUGGGCUGCGGAAAUGCUCAAUCUUCUACUCUUGUUGGGCGUCUGAACAACGGGGAAGAUCCCAACACUGUAAUCUCCCAAGAGCUUCCUCACUGGGUGUAUGCCAGUGGCCAGCGGCUUCCGGGCUUGGUUCGUCGAAGGAAUGCUGAGAUUGAGCUGGCUCAGAAGCCGACUCGCCGUAGAGCUUUGCCGAAGCGAUGCUGA